CUGGUCGCUAUCGCUACCGCCACGCGCCGCCGGGCCGGAGCCGCCCGGGCGGGAGGCCCUGCGGGGAGAGGGGCCCCCCGAGGGCUGCCGGCCCCGGCGGGUGGUGCCGGGGGUGCGGGGUGGGGGGUCACCCCUCGCCUGACUCCUGCCGGCGGCCUCCUCCCAGGUGCCCGCGGGGUUUUGCUACGAAUAUGGGAUUUGGGCGCUUCCAGCCCAAAUCAGUUGAGUGGCAGCCCGAACAACCUUCGCAGUGCGGUGUCUCUGGGUAACACUGCUCUGCUCUGUAAAGCCUUGUUAUAUAUGUGUAUAGCUAUAUAGAUAUAUAUAAAGAAUUAUGCCGACUACCUCUUGGCAAUGCUAUUGAGUAUUCUGUUUGUUAAACACUAGUGAGAAGAUGUCAAGCGUUUGCUGGAAGCAAACACCUUGUGCUAUUCUAAAUAGGCUAUUUUGGAAUGGAUAGAGGAAAAAGCCUUUCAGGAUAUGAAGUGACCCAUAUAUUUGGUACUAGAAAUGUGCUAGUAUGCUUUUUUAAAUAGAUACUGUGAUUAUUCUUGCAGAAAGGUUAAAAACACGCAACCGAUACUUUAGGAAAUGGAAGAUUCAUCGGGUGGUUGCUCUGAAGUUGUUAUGGUGGAAAGGUCAGGUGCAGAGCAGCCAUCUGCAUCCUCUGGAAGAAGAGCAGCCGGAGAGGCCAAGAGCGGGGACCCAGCGGAGAAGCCUCUGCGCUCAGAAGCUACAGGCGCUGUACAGUCAGAGGAGGGCUGCGAGCAGCAGGCUUCCCUGGAGCAGUCAGCUCUGAAGGAACAGGAGCAGUCGAGUUUGGCGCAGUGGGAAUUACCCAGCAAAGGACUAGGCAAUCAAGAAGCGAUCAGAAAUAACGAGCAAGAUGUAUUUGAGCCAGAUGCCCUGUUCAGCGCAUCAUCGGAGAGCACAUGUCCCGUUACCAAUGAGAAAUAUUCUACUUUAGUUGAAUUAAGAAAUUCAGAAAGGGAAGAACAAACAUCUCAAAACUCAGUACUACCAGAGAAUGCAGCAAGUGGGACAGUAACAGGAAGUAUGAUUGAGGAUUGUGAAGCUUUUAGGAGGACUAGAACUAACUUUGAUGAAACUAUCCAGUCUGAGAAGCUAUGUCUUGAUCAGGAACAUUUUCCUGGGAAAGCAGUUCAACAGGAUUAUCACAUGCCUGAUGUCAUAACUGUCAGAGUACAAACAGAUUCUGAUUCAUUCCAAGAUGUAGUUGUAAAAAUUGAAAGACCUACCUAUCAUAAACCGUUUCUGGGUGGAUUUAAGAACAGGAUAACGGGAGUGGAAUUUCAUAAUGCAGGAUCACAAACGAUACCCAAAAAACGACCUGUCAAAGGAAUUCAAUUAUUUUGUAGGGAAACACAGACGGUUUUUGAAAAAAAUAAGCCACAACAAACAAAAAAUACAACAUCAACACAGAUGACUAAAAUUGGCCUGUAUGUGUCAAACAUGACUGACAAACUAGUAAGUCCUGGAAGGUAUCUUACAGCGGAAGAAUACCAUAGACGUAGGCUUGAAGCAGUAAUAGUAUUGCAGACGUAUUUCCGUCGUUGGCAUGCUAUAAAUGUUGUACAAAAUCUGAGGGAAGAAAAGAGGUUAAGGCUGGCAUGGGAGGCACAGGAAGAGUUACGGAGAAAAAAAGAGAAAGAAGAAAAACUGAGGAGGGAGCAUGAACGAAGACUGAACCCUAAAACAAAAGAAGACUUUGAGCUACUGUACCAUGCUUUAGAAUUAUGGAGGCAGGAGGAGACUGAGCGGAUUAAUAGAACUCUUACUGGAGCUGAAAGAAAGGCAGCGUUUUGUGGACUUGUGGAACAAGAGGCACAGCUGAUUGCUUCCAUUGGGAGACACAAGCUAAAUGCAGAUGAGGAGAAUCAACAAAAAGCAAUACUGCACUUUCUCGAUAAGUGUGCACAACCUAAGAGAUGGAAAGCGUAUGAUGGAAAAAUCACUGAAAUGGAUACAGAGCACACGCUCCGUGCCAGAGAACUAUUUGAAAUCUACCGCAGCAUUAGCAUGAAUGACAUCCCAAAAGAUGAGAGAAUAGAUGUGCUGUUAACACUCAGACGUACGGUGAAGGAACAUGAAUGUAAAUUAACAUGGGAAAUAGUGGAAUUAAUUGACAGGGAAGUUGAUCUUAUGUCAAGAGAGGUGAAAGAAUGCAACUUAGAAGGACUGAGGAAAAGAAUUUGUACAUUAUUUCUUCAGUAUAUUAAAACUCCAAAGUUUAACCCUGAAGUUGCUAGGAUACUUAAGGUUCCACCAGAUCCCUUAAAGCUUUAUAAAAAUGUUAACUUCUGUAUUAGCUGUGAGAAUGACUUACCAUCUACUGAGUUUCCUGUUCCUGCUAAUUCCCGCACCAUUGGCAGAUGUCGCUUGUGUUGCAAACUUGAUAAUGAGGCUCAGCGACGAGAAGCAUUUUUGAAGUACAGACUUAUACUAGAAAAUCUGAGAAAGUCUGAAGCUGAUUAUCAAGAUGAUGCUAAAAUUGUUUUCGUAGUUCAGCGUCAAGAUCUGCAGUACAUGAUCGAGAGCAUAUGGGGCUGCCAGUCAGCUCUCAGUGCCUGCAGUGACCUCUAUGAUUUGGUUAUGGUCAGAUGGGAUAAGCAGCGUGAGUGGUCUCCAUGGAACACUAUUCUCCUCACUAAAGAUGAGGCAGACGCACAUCUUAGGCUGUGUAACCUUCAGGAGGCUUAUGAACCGGCAUUUAUUCACAGAAUAAAAUAUAAGCAUAUCCGGGCAAAAAACUACUUUGCUCAGAUUCCAGCGAUGGCGUCAUUUUUGCAUAGGAGUGACAAUCAGGCUAAUGCAAAUGCAUUUUUAAUAGCUACGCCUAUUCCUACUGGUACAAAAACAUAAGUCUUAGGCAAAGUUAAUUCAGGUUCACAGGUCCUGCCAGGUGCCUGCUCCAGCACGGGCUUCCCAGGGGCUCACAGCCUUCUACGGGCAUCCACCUGCUCCGGCGUGGGAUCCUCCAUGGGCUGCAGGUGGAUAUCUGCUCCACCAUUAACCUCCAUGGGCUGCAGGGGACAGCCUGCCUCACCAUGGUCUUCACCACGGACUGCAGGGGAAUCUCUGCUCCAGUGGCUGGAGCACCUCGUCCCCCUCUUCAGUCACUGACCUUGGUGGCUGCAGGGUUGUUUCACAUACUCUCACUUUUCUCUCCUGGCUGCAGUUGCCAUUGUGCAGGUUGGGGUUUUAUUUCCCUCGUUAAAUAUGUUAUGCCAGAGGGGCUACCACCGUCACUGAUGGGCUGGACCUUGUCCAGCGGUGGGUCCAUCUCGGAGCCAGCUGGCAUUGGGUCUGUCGGACAUGGGGGAAGCUUCUAGCAGCUUCUCACAGAAGCCACCCCUGUAGCCCCCCAGCUACUGAAACCUUGCCAUGGAAACCCGAUACACUUUCUCUGUAUGCCUGUGUUGCCGGGAACAUUCUGUCUAUAGUGUAAUAUUCCUGUUGGGGGAAUUUAGCUAAUUCUUUGCCACCUUUUAAUUACAAAAAUAUUACUAUAAACACAUGUAUUAGAUUUAUUUCUCAUCUUAAGUAUAUAAAGCAGAAUAUCCCUCAAUCCCUAAAUUCCAUCAGAACAACAGAAUUGAUGUGUCCUUCCAAAUAUAGCUGUUUUGUCUUGUAAUCGUUUGUGCAAAAGAAUAACUUUACUUUUUAUAGCUCAUCUUGAUGGUCAUAAUCAAACUGCCAGCAUGUAAUUAUUGUAUCCAAGAUCUUGAAAUUAUUGUAAAUCAGACUUAUAAUUUGAAAUACACAAUGCAGACUGUUUGGAACAUGUUUAUUUUUUUAGGAUUUUGUGCUAUUUGAAGUAAAAGCUCUCCUCGUACACUUAUUUAGCUAUGCUUAUGUUUUAUUAUAGUUACAGAGAAAAAUAUGGUAUGGUGUAUG